GCAGUCUGUCAUGGAGGAACUAGCUGAACUAAGACGUGUUAUUAGAAAAUUCAGCUUUGACCCAAAGAAAGGGUAUUCUCGAUUACUUCUUCAACUGUUUGGCUAUUUGGGUAAUGGGAAGUCAUCAUUUAUUAACACCUGUAAAUAUGUCUGGGACGAUGGAGAAUUUAUCAAUCAUACUAAUGCAAAGAUUAAAGAAGAUGCAGGGGACACCAUGGAGAGGAGAUCCUACCCACUCACAAAGACCAUCACACUGGUGGAUAACCGUGGCUGUAACACAAUGAACAGUUAUGAGACUGGCGAAAUCUACGCUCAGCUUGCUAAUUUAUUACCGUUGGAUUAUCGGGUGGAGUGGACCAAAGGAUAUCAGCUUGUGGAAAGUAUAAAGGAGGCAGAAAAUUCUGUUCGAAUUUCUGACUUUAUUUUUCCAAUAUUUGUUUACAGUGCAAAGAAAUCCAUUGCUCCUGGUGAAAUCGAUCUAUAUAGGGAUUUGCUUUCGAAAGCCAGAGAUGUAACAGGUAUAUUCCCGAUGGUUGUUCUCACUCAUAAAACACAGGGAAGUGUUGCUGAGCAGGAGAGAGCAUUUAGAAAUCUUGGGGUGGAGCGGAUCUUUGCCUUUGAGAAUUAUACCCCAAAUGAUCACAUAAAGACACGAGGAAGACAUGAAGAUGUCCUGAGGUUCCUACAAGAAGUUAUUAAGGAUGUGCAGUUUCGAUUGUCUGAACCAAGAAAUCCAGAAAGGGAAAUGUUGCAUCACAAAAGUAUUGUAUAUGAUUACAUCAGGAAAAGGGAAGAAGAACAAGGAGUGAGAAGGCAAAUGCAGGAAGAGAGAGAGAGACAAGACCCAAGGCAAAAUAGAGUCAGACCGGAAAAUGUAGGACAAAGAAGAAAGCAUAGUGUGGAUGUGAAGAUGGAGCAAGAGAUAAGGAGUGACGAUGAAAGAAGGAAUCUGGAAGAUCAACUUAGAAACAUACAGGGAUUACUCGGGAAAGGAAAACCUGAGAAUGUGUAUGAGAAUGAAACAUGGGACAAUCAAACAAGUGGAAAGUCAAAGAAGGGAAAGAAACCAAAGGAGGGGAAAGAUUGCUCAUUACAAUAAACAUGGACAAUAAAGGGAUUGGGAAAAGCAGGAAGUGGCAGAUAGAUCCAUAAGAUUACAUCAACACCAUUUAUGUGUGAUUUUGCAAUUAAUUAGGCAUAAUAAAGCAGUUGAUAUUGGUAUUCCAGGUCAAAUAAACUUUGAUUGUGGGCAAUAUGUAAUAAAUGUUUAGCAAUCAGCAGGAAUUUUCCAUGGGUGUCAUGGUGAUUGCUAAAAUCGUAACACUUUUUAAGUAUAGACCAAUAUUGUUAAUACCAAUAAUCUGAAACUGUUGAAAAAAAAAAAUUCUGAAAACAAGGGACUAGGCAGGGCUGCCCCCUUGCACCCCUUUUACAUAUAUUGACUCUUUAACCAUUAGCAGAAAUGAUAAG